GGGGAAGAGAAGUGGGGGAGGGAAAGGGGCAGAGACUCCUGUCCCGCUGGGACCCCUCGACAAGGCCCCAGAUCCAUGCAACUCUACUGCAAAAAUGGGGACCCAACACCUGCAGGGUCUGCCUUGCACCAUCUCCUUGACAGCACCAAACUCCCGUUUCUCUUUCCUGGGGGGCCGAGAGAUGCUCAGCUGCCCUGCCCCCCCCCUGGACGCCUUGGCGGGAAGGGAAAUGGGGUGCCUGCGAAGGGGGUCCCCACAAGGGUCCCCAUUUCCAGGCAUGACUGGGGUUGAGCCAAGCCCCCCCCCCCCAUCCGCUGCCUCUCGCGACACGUCGCCCCCUUUUCCCCUGGCAGGAAUCCUGCGGGCGAUCAGGGCGCCGCGCACGCAGAUGGCGAAGUCGGGAGAGAAGGAGCCGAUGUAAGGGUUAAGGGAAGCGAGAGAGCCUGGAUGCCUAGAGAGGCUGCCUGGAAAGAGACCCCUCCUCCCUCCCUCUCUCCGCCCUCCCCCCCCUUCAGGUGGUCCCUCAGGAUACAGAGACUGGGCGCAGGAAAACAAAUAAGAUUUCCUCCACACACACCCGGCCUCCAAAACAGGCAAUGGAGAAGGCAGUCAGAAUUCUGGUGGGCCAUGUCCAAUGGGAAUAACGAAGAAACCAUUUAAAUUCAUGGAGCUUGGAAAGGGAGAGGAGGAGCAAUUUGAAAGCAUGGAGUGUGGGAACAGCUUCACAGACAGUGGAACACUUAUAAAACAUCAAGGGACUCACACAGAAGAGAAACCAUUUAAAUGCAUGGAGUGUGGAAAAAGCUUUGGUUGGCGUUCAAACCUUCGAAUACACAAACACACUCACACAGGGGAGAAACCAUAUAAAUGUAUUGAGUGUGGAAAGAGCUUCAGUCAGAUUGGACACCUUAGAAACCAUGAACGGACUCACACAGGGGAAAAACCAUAUAAAUGCAUGGACUGUGAAAAGAGCUUCACUGACAGUGGAUCAUUUAGAAAACAUCAACAAACUCACAAUGCCGAGAAACCAUUUAAAUGCAUGGAUUGUGGGAAGAGCUUCAGUCAGAGUGGACAACUUACAAUCCAUCAACGUAUUCACACAGGGGAGAAGCCCUUUAAAUGUAUGGAGUGUGGAGCAAGCUUCACUUAUAGAAGAACAUUUAGAAGACAUCAACAGACUCAUACAGGGGAGAAGCCGUUUAAAUGUAUGGAAUGUGGAAAGAGCUUCACUGAUAAUCGAAUACUUAGAAGUCAUCAACGGAUUCACACAGGGGAGAAGCCCUUUAAAUGUAUGGAGUGUGGAGGGAGCUUCAGUUACAGUGCAACACUUAGAAUCCAUCAACGGACUCACACAGGGGAGAAACCAUUUAAUUGCAUGGAGUGUGGAAAGAGCUUCACUUAUAGUGGAACACUUAGAAUCCAUCAACGGACUCACACAGGGGAGAAACCAUUUAAUUGCAUGGAGUGUGGAAAGAGCUUCAUUGAUAGUGGAAGACUAAGAAAACACCAACAGACUCACACAGGGGAAAAACCAUAUCAAUGUAUGGCAUGUGGAAAGAGCUUCACUUAUAGUGGAACACUUAGAAUCCAUCAACGGACUCACACAGGGGAGAAACCAUUUAAUUGCAUGGAGUGUGGAAAAAGCUUCGCUGAUAGUGGAACACUAAGAAAACAUCAACAAACUCACACGGGGGAGAAGCCAUAUGAAUGUAUGGAGUGUGGAAAGAGAUUCAGUAGAAGUGGAAGCCUUAAUUUUCAUCAUCAAACUCACACAGGGGAAAAACCAUAUAAAUGUAUGGAGUGUGGAAAGAGCUUCACUUACAGUGGAGACCUUAGAAUCCAUCAACGGACUCACACAGGGGAGAAACCAUUUAAAUGCAUGGAAUGUGGAAAGAGCUUCAGUCACAGUAGACUACUGAAUUCACAUAAUCAAGCUCACAGAGAGACCAUUUAAAUGUAUGGAGUUUUGAAAGAGUUUCUUUCAGAGUGGAACCUUUUAAUUCACACACGGGAAACUUAGAAGACAUAAACAGACUCACCUGGGGAGAAGCAUAUAAAUGUAUGGAGUGUGGAAAGACCUUACUGCUAGUGGAACACUUAAAAGCUAUCAACGGACUCACGCAGGGUAGAAGUCAUUUCAAUGCCUGGAAUGUGGAAAGAGCUAUUGGAGUGGAAAACUUAGCAAACACCAGCAAACUCACAAAAGGAAAACCACUUACUUAUAUGGUCUGCACAUAAAGCUUUAGUCCUGAUGUUCUUACGAAUCAUCAAUGGACUCACAAGGAGGAGAAGCUUUAAGAGUUGAAACAAACAACAAACUGAAAAAGCAGAAAUGGGUUGAUUGAAAGCAGUGCAGGAAGUGCUUCUAUUACAUUAUAUAUAAAAUUUCAUUUACAGAUUGCUGUAUAUUUCAGAUUUUCUACACCUUACCUUUUCCGCACUCUUCUCCAACAAGUAUUCAACGGCUCUUCUUCAUUCAGAUCCUACCUGCGUUUAUACAUGUUUACUAAUAUUCUUUAAAUAUUCAACAGAAGGUUUCCACUCCUCCUUAAAGUCUGCCUCUCUUGAUCUUCUUUUUCCAUAGUUAAAUAUGCCAAUUCGUGAUAUUCCAGCACUUUUUGCUGCAGCUCUUCUUUACUACCGGUAGGUAUCUUGAUUUUGCCAUUUUUGUGCAUAAAGUACUCUCACUGCUGUCGUUCAUCUGUCUUCUUGGAACAUCUAACCCUGUUAUCCCUAAAAGAAAUGCUUCAUGGUUUCUGCAGUACCGUCACCUUAAGUAAUUUCCCCCCUCGUUAUAAUUCAUCUCCCAAAAGCACCUAACCGCUUUACAUGUCCAGCACAUAUGGGGGAAAGUACCUUCUAUUUUUUUACAUUUCCAAGAUAUAUACUGUAUAUGUCACCACUUUACUUAGUGCCAGAUACUAUGUAUAAACCAUUUUCAUAAAAUUUUAUUUCAAAGCCUAACACAAUGUGAAAUUUACAUUUGAUUUGCUCAGUUUUUCCCAUGCUUCCAUCUCUAGACCAAUGGAUUAUAGAUCAUUUGUCUAUCAUUUGCCAUUCUAAGAGCAUCUUUGAAAUGAUUUUUUCUCUGUUCUCUAGUAACUCUUUUUCAAACUGAGAACUUUGCUUAAUAAACCCACACUUCUUAUUUUGUUUUAAGACUUCAGUCAGUUGAUAGUAUUGCAACCAAUCGGUCUCCUGAUCUUAAUAUCCUCUGACUUCUUUAACAUGACACCCUCUUCUGUGAAGGCCGAUAGUUCCCUAUAGGUCACCCAUCUCUUUUCCAUGUUCAGCUUCUUUUAUGAGAUUGCUUCUAUGGACGAAAGCCACAACGAUGUUUUCCUGUCCAACUAAUCUUUAUACAUUUCCAAAACUCUAAAUAAGUUUUUCCUAAUUACGUACCUAAAAAUAGACCUUAGCUUUACAUGCAUCAACAUGCAUGCCAGCCAAAUUUAUUACCAUAUGCUUCUACAGUGGAACCUCGGUUCUCCAGGCUAGACAUAUCUAAAUAAUAACUGUUCAGAGGGACCAACUUGCCAAAGACUUGCCUCAUGUUGUAGUAUUUGGUUUCCCUCGUGUUAUUUUGUUACAGUUUUCUUUAUUAUUAAAGCUGAGUUUACAUUUACAUAAACCACUUACUAUUCUCAAAGAAAAAGGAACUCUGCUGCAGAAAAGUGUGAAAGGUCCUAAACUUGGGUGGGCGAAGGGAUAUUCCCAGUUUGCCAGGAGGCUCACCGGGACCCUGCAAAGAGGUGCUGAGGUGAGCUUUGCUUCCCCACACAGCCAACACUGCUCAGCAUUCAGGGAAAUGGAAGAAGGAAACUGGCCAUGUUCCAGGAGAAAGCAAAGCCAAACCUACUCUUCAGCUUCCAUUCCGUGCCACCACCCCCCCACCCCCCACAGUGGCUUAACCAGAACCACCAUUUUAAGGACCGACGGCCUUGGGAAUGGCGGAGCUGAGUGGAAGUGGGUGGGGAAGCCCCACAAGCCCCCCUACUAUAGGAAUAGUAGCACUGAUCCCAUACUCAAAGCUGAUGGCCGUUUCUGAGAACAGGAAGGAAUUCCACCCACCCUUUCGCAUGCAGCUGGGCUCACUUGCCAGAGUCUCCACAGGCAACUGGGUGCAGCCCACUUGCUCCCUGCUUGUGGCUCAGGGUGGCCUGCACUGUAGAGGGCUCCUCAGGUGUGGGGAACUUUUGCAGCGGGAGGGGUGUGUGACAUGACCUGUUUCUCCCUGUCCACCUCAGGAGGCUGUGGAAGUCUACCUGUCGCCCAGUCUCGGGAGGUGCCUCGUAGCUCCCCCACCUAUCAGCACCUAGGAAAAAAGAGCGCCCUUUUUGCUCCAGGUGAAGUGCUGCUAUAUUUGGUGUUGAAAGGGUGGGGAGUGGCAAGAGAGAUCUUUGUGCCCAAGGUCUCUGCCACCUCCUCACCCCCAGGGGUUUAGCCUGUGUCUGGACUGCACCACUUCAGCCUGCAAGGAAGACCCUGUUGUGGCCUUGUAUGUCUAUGGCAAGGCAACACUCAAUAACACUUCCCACCAACCAACAUUGCAUCAUUCCACCACUGCCCACAAGAGGGCGAACUUUCCUCUACACAUGGUAAAGGUAAAGGGACCCCUGACCAUUAGGUCCAGUCCUGACCAACUCUUGGGUUGUGGCGCUCGAGUAUUCAUAAGUAAAGGUUUUUAAUAGAGGGUGAAUUAAAUGGGUGGAGGUGGGUUGGGUUGUUGGAAGAGAGGCAGAAAGAAGAGCUAAGCUAAAGGUAAAGGACCCCUGGAUGGUUAAGUCCAGUCCAAGGCGACUAUGGGGUUGCGGCGCCCAUCUCACUUUCAGGCUGAGGGAGCUGGCAUUUGUCCACAGACAGCUUUCUGGGUCAUGUGGCCAGCAGGACUAAACCGCUUCUAGCGCAACAUGACACCUUGACAGAAACCAGUGUUUCAGAAAGCAGAGCGCUGCACCAGAGGGUUGUGGCGCUCACCUCGCUUUAUUGGCUGAGGGAGCCGGCGCAUAGCUUCCAGGUCGUGUGGCCAGCAUGACUAAGCCGAAUCCUAGACUUGUAGAGUUGGAAGGGACCACAAGGGUCAUCUAUUGCGCAUAAGGAAAGCGGAAUAAUAUCGAGCCAGGGAGGCAGAGGACCAGAGAGGACCAAGAGGUAAGGAGGGAGAGUGGGAAAAUAGAGGGGGAUAAGAGGGGGAAGAAAAGGGCAAAGAGACCCUCCUACACCCCCCCCCCAAAAGAAAGCGCCCUCCCUGGUGCCCAUCGACAGGGGCCCGGAUCCAUGCGAUCCAGGUGGGAAGUGGGGACCCAACACCUGCAGGGUUUGCCUUAAACCUAAAAUAUGUUCUGGAACUUUCCAAAACUUUCAGUUAGUUCUGGAAAGAAUGGACACUCACUUGCCCCAACAAGGCGAACAGAUGGAGGUAUAGAUCCAAGAACAUUUUCCUACCUGAGCACUCCUUCAGCUGACCGCAAGCACCAAGCCUUGUCACUCAUUCUCUGACAGGCCAAUAUCACAGUCUCUAAAAAAGCCUCAGGCCUGGAUCUCCCAAAAUGGUCAAUAUGAACCUCCUGAGGCCCAACAGACUGUGCAGAUGAUUUAAAAACAUAUAGAAGCUGAAUGAGGAAAAAUAUGGCCUGGGGGUGGAGGAUUAGUAUUCAGAGGAUAGUAGCAAGAAAUUGGAAAAGCGAAAUCAUCCCUUCAAAGAUUGAGUUGCAAGCCAAAAUGAUAGAAUACUUACAAUUAGCAAAGAGAAUGGGAACAGUGAGAGGAAAUUCAACUCAAGAAGUCAAUAAGGAAUGGAUAAUUAUUAAGGAAUAUCUCAAAUGGUACUGCGAUAACAAAAGCUUCCUGAAUAUAAAAUAAAAAAAUCCUUUCAGUAGCACCUUAGAAGUGUGCAUGCACAUGAAAGCUCAUACCUAUGACAAACCUAGUUGGUCUCUAAGGUGCUACUGGAAGGAUUUUUUAAUUUUGUUUUGACUGCGUCGGACCAACACAGCUACCUACCUGUAACUUCCUGAAUAUGUAAUAUCUAAAGCUAUCUGGAAAAGGGUAUAUAAACUCUGAGCACUGUUGUACGAGGUCCAGACUUUGAGAGAUUAUUCCUCUGGGCCUGUUGCUGUCAGCAAUAAACUUGCUUUCAAUUUCUCCAACUUCUGAGUCUCUGAUUCUUGAGAAGCCAUUGAACUAAGGUUCCCGGGUGCCACGCUACACUAUGAGCACCCUCAUAUCCGGGUCAGGGUAAAACGCGGAUCCAGAUGAUUUUAAACGGAUCCUCAUGAAUUCAUAUGAUUUUUUCAUUCAAAUAAAAAAACAACACCAUGAUAUUGUAGAGUAUGUCUUAGUCUGUAGGCAGCACCAAAAAAAUCACGCAUCCACUGUUUCGUGCGGCCACAAUGACACAAAAACGUGGUUAAAAACCACGGAUCCUCAUGGAUCCUCAUGAUUUCUGCAUUGGGCCACCGCGAACUCACUGUCAAAUCAUAUAUCAUGCCCAGGGG